CGUUGGUACUUCGUCAAGGUAACGCCUUGGCCUGGCUUGCUUGUUGCAAUUAAAAUGCAAAGUUAAUUAGGUACAAUUAUUCUUUCUUUCUUAAAUGAAACCCUUGAUGUCUGUCAUACCAGGGUCUUAAUCAUUCUAAAACGAAGUCAAGCCAACAGAAUUUUUUGUCUGGUAUUGGUCCGAAAGUUACCCCACUCAGCUAAAGACAAUUCACCUGUCGUGCAGUGUUGCUAUGACGACGAGUUGUAAUGUUUGUGCCGCGCUGGUAAGGUCGUAAACUCCGAUCGUAUGUAUGCAGUGAAUGCAUACAAUAAUACUCGGCACUCUUUCCAGUUGUAAAGGAAACACUGCGGCACGAAAACUGACUAAAACUUUGUUGAAUUUGAUCAGGUUUCGAAGUUUGACAUCAUCAUGGCUACGACGUUACCGUCAUUAGAAGCUCUUCUUGGGAAGGAAAAGAAGAGUAAUGUCUCGUUUGGAACGACUGCAGACCGACCUCUCUUCCCAGCAAGCUUACCAGUAAAUAGAAUAGGAAAUGGUAUGGCCUUAGACACAAAGCCAAACAGGGGGCCAGGAUCUUACAAUAAUGCUGAGAAAACCACAUCAAUGUAUCAUGUUGAGAACCAGAUAACAAGCAAAAAUGGUUACACAAUGGGAGCAAGAACAGGGCCAAGGAUACGAAAAGAAUUUCAAACCAAGACACCUUGUCCAACUACCUAUCAAACUAAAUGGUCUGUUCCAAGGACCUUUGAACCCUCCAAUAAGCCAUUUGAAGUCGGAGCAAACAGAUUUUACAGGAACACGGUCGACCCAGAGUUAACACCAGGAGCUGGAACGUACGAACACAACGUGCCAAGAAACAGGAAGGUAGCUUAUCAUGGAACAUUUGGAGGUCCCCAGCUUCUAAAGAUCCCGCCAAACGAUGGCGUCUUAAUGCCAGAAGAUUGCAAAGGAACAACGCAAAAGAGCCGCCUCAUGACGUAUAAGGAGAAGAGGAAAUUUGCAAUCCGAGAAGCGUACCUGAGUUUAUACUAUUGAAGAUGAAUCUAUUUUUAUAAAGACAAUUUAUACAGAGACUUCAAUGCUGUUGGAAGCGAUGACUAUUAUUUUGCUUUGUGGAGCUGCAAUAUUCUCCUUAGUUUCUCCAGUAUUUGCUUUUAUUGUUCAGGCGAGAAUCUUUUUCAGAGAGCUCCUGAAUUGUGCCACCCUUGUGGUCUAUGUACUCCUCCAAAGUGUUAGGACUUGGUAACCUAAACUUGGUUUACUUCACUCUUUUAAUCGUUAUAUUUUUUCCAUUAUUGUAACUUUAUUCUGGCUGGUACAGAUAAAUUACAGUACCCAGUAUUUUCAGGUGGAAUGAUUUAUAUUUUGUGUAAACAC